UGGGGGGAAUCGGGCAAAUCGGCCUAAAGCCAGCCCUGCUGAGACUGUCCCCCCGGCUCCAACCACUAGACCCCACUCCCCUCCCAGAGCUGGGGAGAGAACCCAGGAGUCCUGGCUCCCCCUCUUGCCAAGGCCUUUGCUGAUUGUGGUUAAUGAUUGACCCAAAGGUUGCUCCUGAGAGAGCUGAGAUCCUCCCCCGCCCGCCUCGGGAGCAGCAGGGCUCAGGGGCUUUGCAGACCCAGCUGGACCCAGAUGCCUGCCCCCCAGGAUUACCCCGAGCUGAUCCAGCAGCACCGGCAGGCCCUGCUUCGCUGGAUCAAGGGGAACCCCCACGCCCUGCUGCGUCGGCUCCAUGACACCGAGGUGCUGAGCCAGGCUGAGUACUUCGCCCUGCUGGAGACGGCCCCCGAGAUGAACCAGGUCAUCGCGCUGCUGGAGUGGGUCAGCCAGGGUGUCGAGCGGAGCCGGUGCUUCCUGGAGGCGCUGCGGGAGCUGCAGGAGGAAUACGGCGCCGAGCUCCAGCAAUGGCUGCAGGAGAAGUACCCGGAGAAAAAGAGACCGUGUCCUCCAUUGCAACCAAACAAUCCCAACCGUCCGAAAUCCAACCACACAUUCCUGCGGAAAAUCCUACGGAAAAAAAACAAGAAGUAUGAGCCAACCCCAGAGCUGCCAGGUGAGGAGCGCACUGGGAAUCUGAACUUCCGAAAGGCCCCGAGCGCCUCGCUGAAAGCUGUCCUGCAGCGCCACCGGGCCUCUCUGCUGCGGCACACCCAGCAGCUGUGCACCAACGCCUGUGACGCCCGCUCCUGUGCCCUCAUCGAGAUCCGCUACACCCCGCUGCUGCUGCUGGACCACUCCGGCCACGCCGCCCCCCCCGGGCACGAGCACCUGGCCCUGGCCGCCCGCCGCGCCCGCCUCCUCCCGCUCCAUGCCCCUCGCCGGCUCCUCCUGCGCCACCUUCUGGCCCCGCUGCCCACCGAGACCCAGGGCCCCUGCCGGGUGGCCCUGAGCGGCGCCGCCGGCAUCGGCAAGAGUGUGACCGUGCAGAAGAUCCUGCAUGACUGGGCGCUGGGUGCGGCUUUCCAGGGCCCCCUCUGCGCCUUGGAUUUCUCCUGCCGGGAGCUCAGCAUGAUGUCCAGCCCUGUCACCCUGGAGGGGCUGAUCUGCACCAAGCGUCCCCACCUGCAGGAGGUGCUGCCCGAGCUGCUGGCACGGCCCGGGGACCUCCUCAUCCUCGUGGACGGCUUGGAUGAAUUCCGGCACCCGUUGGAUGGCGGAACUCCCUGCCACCGGCCCGGCCAGCCGGCCCACGUCAAGGAGCUGCUGCGCGGCCUCAUCGACGGGACCCUGCUGCCUGGGGCGGCCGUCGUGGUGACGUCUCGGCCGUGCCCGGCCCUCUCCAGCAUCCCCUUUGAUCGCCACUUGCUGAUCCUCGGCUUUGACGAGGACCAGGUGGAGGACUAUUUCCGCCGGUUCUUCCGGGAUGCCGAGCGAGCCGCUGCCGUGCAGGGCUACAUCUCCGGCCACCAAGGCUUAGCCGGGCUUUGCUUCAUCCCCCUCUACUGCUUCAUCUUAUGCACCGCCCUGGGGGAGUUCUUCCCCGCCGGCAGGGCAGCUGACCCAUCUCCGCCCACCACCAUCACCGAGGUCUAUCGCUGCUAUAUGGCCACCAUCCUGGGAACCGGCUGGUCUCCGGAGCCGGGCUCCAGGCAGCUAGUCCUGCGCCUGGGGCGCCUGGCAUACGCCGCCCUCUUGGCCGGCAAGAUCCUCUUCACCCCAGCUGAGCUGCGGGAAUUCGGAUUCGACCCCCAAGACCUUCCAGGCACUUUCUUCAACCCCAUCUUCUCCAGAGAAGACCACCAGGUCUAUUGCUUCUUCCAUCUGACAGUGCAGGAGUUCCUGGCUGCACUCUACUGCGUGGCUGCCCUGGAUCCUGGCGCUGAGGACCUCACGCCCUGCCUGGAUCUCUGGUGGGAGGGAUCGGCCGGGCAGGACGGGGACCCAGAGCCCUCCUGGACAUCACCAGGUGAAUCCAGUCUCCUCCACUCCACCAGGCAGCUCCUGAGGGGCCACCAGCCCCGGUGGGACAAUCUCCAGAUGUUCGCCAGGUUCUUCAUGGGGCUGCUGACCUCCAGGAUGGAGGGGAAGCUGGAAGGGUUGGCCGCAGGCUUCUCCGGAGACGUGCUGGGGCCUGUGGCAGACUGGCUGGGGAGGAAGCUCAGAGGAGACACCGAGAGGCGCCUCCUCUCGCUCCUGCAUUGCGUGGCUGAGCUGCGCCAGGAGGGAGUGACGGGCCGGGUAGCCUGCGAGCUGGAGGACAUCAACCUCUUCAAGGUGACCCUCAAUCCAGCCGACUGCGCCGCCCUGGCCUACGUGCUGGGGGCCUCCGAGCCUGGGCGGGUGAAGAACCUCAACCUGAGCUACAGCAAUAUGGGCAUGGCCGGGCUGCGCAGGAUCCGGGGGCUGCUGCACCGCUGCGAGACGCUGCAGCUGCGCUACAAUUCUCUGGACAAGGAGGCGGCCGUCAUAGAGGCCGAGGUGCUGAGAUCCCCCCAAUGCCAAGUGAAAAGGCUACUCCGGCCCCUUCCCCGUCCUGGGGUGGAUCCUGUUGUUCUGCUUCCCCACAGGCUGUGUGGGAACUGCCUGGGCUCGGAGGGGGCGAGGGGGCUGUGGGAGGCCCUGCGGGAGAACCGCACCCUGGAGGAGCUGUACCUGGACAUCACUGGGAUCACCGACAGCGGCUUGGACAACAUGCUGCCCUGCCUCCUGGCCAACAGCACCCUCCGGCUCCUGACCAUCGUGGGGAACCGGCUGAGCGAGGUCGGGCAGCGGAUCCUGUCGGAGCUGAGCCGUCGCAAGCCAGGCCUGAAGGUGAUCAGCACGUUCGAGACCGACAUGGGUCUGCUCCAGGCCUACCUGGACUGGGUGGAAGAGAUCAAGGCCGACCCCGACCAGAUGGACGCUGUGAAGAACGCCGACGCCCUGCGCUGCAUCGUCUCCGUCCUCCGGGACUUGGACGAAUCCAGGACCAGCCCUGAGGCCCGGGCCAGAAUCCGAGAGCUGAGGCGAGAGAUCAGUGCUCUCCUGGGGGAGAAGGAGUGAAAGGUGCUAGGAGCUGCACGUUUCGCUGCUAGGCUCCUUCCCGCCACCAGGGGGAGACACCCACUGAAAUCCCCCAUGAUGCCAUCUGGGUGAAGCUGUAGGGUAACUUAGGUGUUUAGGAGAGCUGGAACAUGGGGCCUUUCCCCUGUAGGGGGCGCCGGCACCCAUCCAGGCCCAGACUGGGGGACUGGCUGGCUCGGGUGGGUGGGAAAUGAGACCUUUCCCCUCUAGGGGCCACUGGCAUCGAUCCAGCCCCUGGGUGGGGGGCUGGCUGGCUCAGGGGGCAGGGAAUGGGACACAGGGCCUUUCCCAGCUAGGAUGCGCCGGCUCCCAUCCGGCCCCAGAUUAUUCCCAUCCGAAUGGCUGUGUAAUGGUGGUGAGGUUCUCAGCUCCGUUCCCAGUAGGGCGGGCAACCCUGUCACCCUCCCCACCCCAUGGACAUUAAGCAGCCCCAUUGCCGCUAUGGAGUCUGAACCCCCUCCUCCCUCAUCAGCAGGGCAUGGAGAUAAACUGGCAGAGGGAUGUGAGGCAGGGCGGGCAGGAGGGGGCGCGGUCUGCCUGGGAAUUUCACAGCAAGAGCUGGGACAGAACCCAACUGCCAGUGCCUGGGAGUUAUGGAGAAUCCUCAUUCUGAACACUAUAGGGGACAUGACACACACUAGAACAUAUUUACUUUCCUGCCACAGGGGGUAGUGGUGAUUAUAUCACGCGAUACACACUCCUCUGCUCAUUUCAGUAUAAACUGGCUCCAGGAUGGGAAUGUUUUCAUAUAAAUCCCCCUAAAAAAAGGUAGUAUUGGUAAAUAUUGGUAAUGAAUAAAUUUGUAUUACUAGUCA